CUGGGGGCGGCGCGGUGUGUGAGUCCGUAAGAGUGCUGCGCCCACCGUCCGUCCCUUCAGGCCCUCCCCGACGCUGUGGCCUGGCCAGCUGAUUAUGUGAAGUUGCCAAAAUGCCAGCUAGACGUGAGGUGCAGUUGGAAAAAUGCAUAGAUGAUGCCACAAGAAAAAAUAGCUUCCAGUUAUUAGAACAAGUUCUGCAAACAGAAGGCUGUGACAAUAUCUCUCAUAAGUGCAGCAAACAGUUUUUCAACAAAUUUGACAAACUUAUAUGUCGGGAACUUGACAAACAAGAAGUCAAGAAUGUUUCAACUUUGCUAAAUUCUCUUCAGAAAUAUGGUAAAAAUAUCAUCAUACCAGGUGGAGACGGUUUUCCAGCAAUGAUAAAAUAUAGUCUUGUUGAAAAGAUGGUUGGUUGGUUUGAAAAGGCAAAAGAAAUUCUGAUAUUUAGAGGAAAUGAAAAAAAUGAAGCACUUACAAGUCUAAUUGAAGAUUUCUUCGAUGUUUUGAUGCUUGUACAUGAUACCAACACUGAAGGUAAAAUACAAACAUUAGAAAGCUUUAUACUGAGAAUAUGUACCCUUGUUGCUGAUGUAAGAAUAUAUUAUAUUCAGCAAGAGGCUGUACGAAAACUUAAUUCAAUGCUUGAUACCAUGCCUCGAGAAGCCAGAAAAAAAAUUAUUUCCACGAAGGAAAUGUUGCUUGUCAUGAAUGAUAUGGGAAAGAGAAUUUUAGAUGCUGGAGACUAUGACUUGCAAGUAGCCAUUACUGAAGCUUUAUGCAGAAUGACAUCAGAAAAACAAAGAGGAGAACUGGCACGCCAGUGGUUUUCUAUGGAGUUUGUGACCAAUGCAUUUAAAGGAAUUAAGGAUUCUGAGUUUGAAACAGACUGCAGAAAAUUUCUUAACCAGGUGAAUGGAAUGCUUGGAGACAAAAGAAGGGUUUUUACAUAUCCUUGUUUGUCAGCAAUCCUUGAUAAACGUGAGCUACAGAUACCUUUGGAUGAAAAUCUUGAAGAAUUUUGGAUUGAUUUUAAUGUUGGUAGCCGAAGUAUAUCCUUCUAUGUUGCAGCAGAUGAUGAAGAUCAACAAUGGGAAACAGUCAGCAUACCUGAAGAAGAGGUAGAAAUGUACAGUCUUGAAGAAAAAGAGUCAAAGAAAUUACUAACAAUAAUUCUAAAAAAUCCAGUAACUGUGGGUAAUCAAGAAGGAGAGCAAAUGUUCCUAUAUUUUGAUCCUGUCUUGAAAAUCAUGGAAGUGGUCCGAAAAGUUUAUGGUGCAAAUAAAUGUAAGGGAUUUACCAAGAAGCAAGCCACUUCAGUUGCCAAAACAUCAGUUCAUAUAAUUUUUGAUGAAAGUGGAUCGCAGGUUCUUGUACCAGAAAGUCAAUUGUCACCUUGCUUGAAAGAAAAAUCAGGAAUGGAAGGGAAAUCCAAUAAGUCUGUAAAACAACAACUUUCUGUACAACAAAGGAAUCAGAAUAAAAAAACUAAUCAAGAUAACUGCAAAAAUAUUCAAUCAAAGAUUACUACACCUACUAAAAGGAAAGUGUCUGAAGCAUCAGUGAUUGUCCCAGGUAGUGGUGGAUUGCCUCUGAGGAGCCCAUUGGUAUUUGUCAAAACGUCAACUCCCCGCAAGGCCCGCUUUAAACUGCCUUUGCAAAUGAUGACCUCUUCUGAAAAAAAUAACAUUACCAGAAUAACUGAGAGUGGAACAAAGAAUUUAGAUCUAGAGCAUACUGGACUACAUAUAUCUUCUAUAGCUGACUCUCUUAAAAGGCAUAAUGUUGCUGCAGAAAAAGGUAGAGAUGGCUCUGAAUUGGUCAAUGUAUUUUGUGAGACUCAGCAGAAUACCAGCAUAACAAGAAUCAGAAAUGAGGCAAAACUAUCUAAAAAGCAGCAUAUAUCAGCUGAAAAAGUUUUGGAAAUGAUACAAAACAAGGCAGACAGUGAGACCAGCCAAAACCAAACACUACAUGAACUAUUAAAUAUUGUUCCUGAUUCUCAGCCAGUAGGCAGAAAUGAUAAACCUUUAUUGCCUGGUCUUUUGGAAAGUUCUGCUGAUAAAAAUAAAAUCUGGAUAAAACAGGCAUGCUCUGUACCUGAGAAGCUUAUAACGAAGUGUGACAAGCAGAUGAGAAGUACAUCAUCAGGACAUACAUUCCAACAAGUUCCUGUUCUCAGUGAAAGAGCUGCCAAACAAAAAGCUUUCUAUUCAAUAUUUGAAAGUACUUCUCCAAAACAACAAGCUCAGAGUAGAAAAAUAUCAAAGAAGCAACAAAAUGAAACCAAAAAACCAGAAGAAAACUGCGUAAGACACAGAGGACAAAUGCUAAACAGUGCUAAGCAUUUAGAACCGAAAAUACUAAGUACAGAGGCAAAAGAAGUUCCCAUCACACCUGAAACAUCUUUUAAAUCAGUUUAUCCAAGUAAAAUGACUGAAAAAUCUCUGGGAUCUUCAACAAAAUUAGUGUUGGCCAGAAAUUCUAUGGAGGAAGUUGAUGUUUCUUUUAGGAAAGGGACUACAAAUCAUAAAAAAUCUGAAAAGAAAGCAAAAUCUAAAGAAAUGGCUGAAACAAUAGAAUCAAUAAUAAGUAAAAUCAGUGACAGAUAUAAACAAAAGGAUGAUAUCGAACAUGCAAGAAAAGCAAGAGAAUGUUUAGCUAAUAACAGGGAUGAUGUCUACAAUUUUAACUUAAGUGGAUUUGAUGAACCUACGAUAAAGCUUGGAGUCCAAGAAUUACAUGUUACCAACCUGAAAGCUAGUACAAAUCUCACAGAAAAAAUGAAUCCUGAUGAAAGCAAACGUAUUCUCCAGAAAAAAGUAGAUAAUAAAAAUAGAACUAAUAAAAACAUGAAGCAUCUCUUUAGUGACACUGACACAGAAUACAGAGGUGAUGACAGCAAGACAGAUACCAGUUGGCUACGAGAGUCUAACAGAAAACCUAAACCCCAACUAAUAGACUACAGCAGAACUAAAAAUCUGAAGAAAUCUAAAAGUAUAAAAGCAACAGAUACUUUCUCUGACCCUGCACGUCUGAUGGAUAUAUCUGAAGGGAAAAAAACAAAAAAUAAAAAGGUACCUGUUAGUAAAAAACAAAAUGCAAAGGCUAAUGAAAGAAUAAAACAGACAACCAGACCAAAAUGGCCUCGAAGAGCAGCAUUAGCAAAAAAAAGUUAUAAGGAUUACUCAAAUUCAGAGUCUGAGAGUGAACAGAAAUCAUCACAGUGCUUAUGUAGGAAAGAAAAAUUAAGAGUACAGCAAGAACACAAAAAUGGCCAAAACAAAGCUGUGAAUCAACACAAGGAACUAAAGAACAAUGUUUCUACAGAGCCAAAAAAGGAAAUAUCAAGAAAUCAACAGAAAAUGUUUACUAAAUCAAAAGAUCCUAUAAAACGGAGAAAAUUAGAAAUGUCACCAGUAGCCUCACCUGAAAGCCCAGCAUCAGUUGAGACGAUGAGAUGUGCUGAAAAAGUACCAGAGGAAGCAUUUACCCAGGAACAUGUUUCCUUGAAAAGUUCAACAUCAUCCUAUCUUCAGGACUCAACACCAGAAAAGAGGGAAUCCUUAAGCAUUGUGAAAGGAAUUUCAGCUAACAAGCUUUAUACAACAAAAAAGAAUAAUCAAAGUAUACAUCCAAAACAAUCCCCUGAAAAUGUCAGAAAGUUGGUAUUUGGAAAUGAAAGUUUAUCACCAGUUUUAAGUCCACUUUCUUUGCCUAGUCUGACUCCAGUAACUAUGGACAAAGCUGUCAUGAGUGGAAAAGACAUGGAGGUUACUGAACCUGAGGUGGAAAUGUGUGAUAUUAGUGAGGCAGUGAAUGUUACAAAUUACCUUUCAGACAAACUCACCAUUGACACAGAAGUGAAAGAUCUCACUAAAAACAUGCAAAAUAAAGGAGAGGAAUCUGCACCUCCAUCUCCAUUAUACACUUCUAGUGGAAGCAGAGAACAGUCAUGGUGUAAAGAUCCUUGUGGCAACAUACAUGAAUCUGGGCCUACAGUACAAGUGAAUCUCAAACGAAUGUACCACAAUGAUGCGGAAAGUGAUUCUGAUGAAGUAGAAAUGAGGAAGGAAGAAGAAGAGAGAGAAACAAAGCUGCUCCCUAGAAAAUUAUUUAAAGUAGAUGAUGAUACUGUGUAUAAAGGGAAAUCCAUAACGCAGUGUGCAAGGACUCAUUCAUUUUCCAGAAAAGGGAAGAAGUGGGCUGCAACAAACGAAAUAACUGUAUCCGAGAGCAUAUCUACUGUGUCUGUAAAUGAGUUGUCUUUUUUGGAUGUAGAGGUCUGGGACCCUGGUUGUUCAAGUGUAGGGAUAGGUCAGAAGCUCCAUAAGGAAUUUACUAGGAAAAUUCAGAGCCGCUCAAGAAGAAUGGACCACUUUACCAAGCAAUCAUUGAAAACAGCUCAGCAGCAUUUGACAACAAUGAAUUGUCAGUUGCAUGAAUGCAGGAUCAAGCAGCUGGACAAAUUUCAUUUCACCAUCGUAGAGGAGCUUGAGAGUUUUGAAAAAGAUUCCCAAUCUUUGAAAAAUAUGGAGAAAGAAUUAUUGAACUUUUGGAAAAAACAUGCACUUACGUUUAGUGCAUGCAAGAAAAAUGAACAACGGAGGAUUCAGAUUCUUAAAACUUCAUUUGAAAAGCACAUCUCCCACAGUGUUAACUAUGAGGAAAAUAUUUUUACUUCUGAGAUGCAUCUAAUGAAAGAAGACAUGAAAGGGCUUCAAGAGAAGCUUCUUAAAGAAAUGCAUGAAGAGGAGCUGUUUAAUGUUCGCAGAGGAUUGCAGACGCUCUUUCUGUCAGAAGGGAGAAAAUUCUAAUAUUGUAAAUUCAUAUAUUUUGAAAAUGUUUGUUUAUAUUUAUAUUAAUAUAUUAUUAUUUUCACUAAUGAGAAGUUUUACUGACAUUUACUGACAGCUUUUUAAAGAAGUGCUAUUUUAAAAGGAUCUUCACAUAAUAAAUUAGGAAUAUUAACAUGGGGUAAUUUUAAAAGGUUUAUUUAAUUGACAUAGAAAAAAAGAGUUAUUUUCAAUUAAAACUGAAGUAAGAGUCAUGUUUUGGAUUUGUAUGUGUACAUAGGACUUCUGUUGCAAUUAAUAGGAGCUGUGUUGUACACAACCAGACACAGAAUUUGACCAUACAUUCUUUAGCACAUGAAAAGGAGUUCAAAUGGCAUUUUUGAAAGUUGUAUCCUAUUUACUUAUGGUAUUAGCUUUCAGUUGGAAUUAGUCAUUGACUAAAAAUGUUUUGUAAAAAUAUAUAUAUG